CCGUUUCCGGCCUGAGUGUCCUGGGACCGAGAGGGGUGACGUCAUGAGGGAAACGCGAACGGGACAAAUCAGACGAUAGGAAAUGGCGAUAUCCCGGGCCGGACGGCGUCUCUGGGCGCUCGAUUCGGACAACUGCCGCUCGUACAAGCAAUGGCAGCUUCCUCUACAAGCUGUCAGGACCACAUAAGCUGCUUUCUAGACUCUACAGGUUUUCAGAAAUACCUUUGGGGAGAGUGAGGGAGGAAAAACUGCAAAGUUUCCAAGAUGAAUUCAGGUGUUUCUCCCAGGAGGCCACCCCUGGCUCCCAAGCCUCAGGUACCCAGGAAGCCUGCUGUGGCAGCUGUCAAACCGCAGCCUCAUCCCAAACCUAAACCUGUCACUGACAUCUCUACAAAACCCUCACCCAUCACUGCCAUCUCUACAAAACCAGAAGUGACCACACCCACACACUCUCCACACAAACAACUGGAACCUGUGAAAAGUACAGUGUCUGAGUCUGAAGAAAGGCCUUGUGAAGUGUUGCCAGCCCUACAAGCUGGUUCUACAUGUACUGUGCCUCCAAAUGAAAAGUCUUCUGUAUUACCCACAGACUCAAAUGUUGACCAAAUUCAGAGAGUAGAUGCUGAAAAACAUGGCAAAGAAGCAUUUGAUGUGAACUCUGACCAGCAGAAAGUUCUUCCAACAUCUGGGGACUCAGACACACAUACCACUUUUUCCUCUACAUCAGCAGAAUGUAUGACAAACUCUGAGAGAAUACAAGAGCCAAGCACAGAGACAACCGCUCAGCAACCCCAAUUCCCAACAAAAAUGUCUCAACCCCCGGUUCCCAAACCAAGACGAAUAUCCAGUGAGCUUCCUGUAGCUGCCAAUAGUGAGGAUGAAAACAAUGCACUCCAACAACUUGAGAACGCCAUAGACACAUGGGAGGCUGGCCUUUCCAGUGAGGAAGAGGAGGAAAAAGAUGACGGAGGGGUUUUGGAAUCCAAGGACAAAGAUACAGUGGAGCAGGUGGUAACCAUGACAACAGCCGAGGGCACUGACCUGGGAGAGACUUGUGAUUCACCCAAGGACACGGUUACAAGUGGGGACGUUACAAACCAUGUAGCAGACGGAACCGAAGGUCGUCUGGACGCUGAUGUUGCAAAUUUAUCGGUCGAGAAUGUAGCAAGCGGUGCUAAUGUUCUACCACAGGAGCAGGUGGCAGAAUUCAAUUCUAGCCAAGAAAAAAAUCCUCACAGAGAGGAUGGUGACAGAACUGUAGAACUAUCACAACCAGGAAUGCAGGACCAAGAAAAUGCUGAUCUCAUCGCUCCUCCAAGAAAAAAGAAAAGUAAAUUUGUCUCUCCAACCAAACCACCACCCCCUCCCCCACCAAGCAAGAAGCCGUCUACGGUACCGAAUGAUCCCUCGCCUCCAGGAAAGCUCACUUUUGUACCAGGGUCAUCAUUGGAUGACCAAGAGAAACAGACGCACAAGGCACAUGUGUCAAAGAAGCAAGGACCUCACUUGUUUUCUCCACAUGAUGCCGGUGACUUCAAGGCAAACUCAAGACGAAGACUGAACAAACCAAGGGCCCCACCCUGUCCACUCAAGAGAAGAAGUCGGUCCCUGAACAGUCUUCUCGAUAAAGCUGAGGCAGAGAAAAUAUUCCACAGUGAUUCUGCGGAAAACUUGGCACCUUCGGACAGGGGCCCCCCACCCGCUGUACCUUACAAGCCACAAAGGCUACGCAGUGUUGACACACCAAGUGUAAAUCCAGCACGCGCUACGUUGAUAGCUAGAAGUAGGUCUUUUGACUCCUUAGACGAUGUGACUCCAACUAGAACAGACUUUAAGAAAAGUGUACAGGAAAGACCAAGACCUGUCCCUGCUCCAAGGAGACUAGUUAAGGCCGUAGAUGUAGUUAAGGAGGAAGGGGACAAGGAUAUUAAAGAUACAGCUGAAGUCAAACCCAAGGAAAGAGAGGGAAGUAAAAUGGUGAGGCCACCAAGAAGGCCGCCUCCACCACCUUUCCUGAAACAAAAGGCAGUUUCUGCAGGGAAUGUGCUAGCCUCAAGUACCCCUGGUGAAAGCAAAGCACUCGAAAGCAUUCCUUCAGUUCAGACACCACCAAAGCCUGCAGUACAGAAGAGCACCUCUGUAGACUCGAUGUCAGACAGAGAACAUCCCACACCAGUAGAUAGAACAAAGCUUAAGACUGCACCAAGACCUGAUAGCUCGGAAGAAGUCUUUCUCCCAAAUUCUUCCGAACUCGAGAGCACGCCUGUCCAAGGCUCUGCCAAGAAGGGGGCUAAGAAACCUCACUUCUCUUCUACGAUAGCUUCUGGAAUAAGGAGUUUCUUUGAGAAGACUCCCAACAAAAACAAGGAUGCCGACAGCAAGAGGACUGACAAACCCGUCUUACACAUUCCUCCCCCACCUGCAAGUCCUCCAGAAGAUGAGGAAGACACAGAAAAGAAGGAAGGUACCAUCCCUGAAGGUUCUCGGGUAGAAUCUCCAGCCAUAAAGCCAGCCAGGCCCAGCAGAAAAGCCCCUGCACCACCAAGACCUCCACCAAUUGCCGCACCUGCAUCAGCUGGGACAUCUGAAUCUGGUAUCACCACUCCUGCUGCUACUUCUGAAAGCACAGCCGAAAAUAAGUCUCCUUCAAAGGAAAGAUCUUCCGGUGCUGUCACACCUGAUGAGCCUUCGAAGGAAAGAUCUUCUUCUUCGAGUGGUGUCACACCUGACAAGCCUUCAAAGGAAAGAUCACCAUCAUUGCCAGCCCCGUUUGAAAACAUCAAGGAGAAGCUUACAAUGAGGCGAAGCAGUCCAAACCAAGACAGCACGCUCUCGUCAGAGCCAAAGAGGGAGAGCUUCAUCAUGAGGAAGCUGAGUCGCAGCAAGAGCAAGGGAGAGGAGGACAGGAAGAAAGUGGUACCCAAAUCUACAUUCUACAUUCCUCCUCCCACAGAAGAAACCGCCUCAGAAGCAGAUACAGAAAAUGCACAGUCGAGCCCGUCUCAGCACCGAAUACCCCCACCAACCUCCCCUCCUCCCAAACCACCUUCGGCAGCACUGAAACCUACCGUCUCCAAAACACCGUCUCGACCACCCCCUCCAGCCAAGAAGCUAUUUGAAGAAAGCCGGAAAGACGGAGUAAGGACAUCCAUUGAAGACGUCUCAAAAGAUAGCAGCGCAAGAAAUAGUAGUAGCUAUGUAGAUAUGAACAUUAGUGGGGGUAGCGCAGAGGAUUUGGGACCAGAGGUGGAUGCUGAGUACAUGGACAUGGAUACAAGUGUGAAAGCCGACAGCAGUGAUAAUCUCUACCAGAACGACAAGGCUGAUAGCACGGACAACUUGUACAUGAACCAGGAGGGUGAUUUGUACAAGAACGAAACUGCCGGGGACAAAAAUGACGACAAAACAGAUAGUGAUGAUUAUGAAGAAAUGGGCGCUGCCUCACCCAAAAGGGAGGAAAAACAAGAAGAGGAACAAGAAGAAGCAGAGGAUCAUUACUACUCCAUGCCUAAGGAAAGACCGGAGCAGCAAGAAGAGAAAACGGACCACACGUACGACUACGCAGAUCCUCAGCAUACUGAUGACAGUAGUGACUACGCUGAGCCGGAGCCGUACGCGAACCCUACCGUCCCUAACACCAACGAUCACGAAUACCACGAACCUGUGCUCCCUCCAGACAAGGUGCCUGAAAAGGACAAGACCACUCACUACUAUUCCCCGGUCGCAGACGACACACAGACUCAAACAAAGGUGACGCCCAAAAAGUCCAAACCACCAAGACCACCCCCUCCCAAGCCCACUACAGCCCCUGCUCCACUGAAAUUGUCAGCUACACCCCCGCCCAAGCCUCCCAGGUCGCCCGGAUGUGUGGGUUUUCCAGAGGACAGACCACCAGCUCCCCUGCCCAGGCAGUCCUCAGAACUGCUUAGCCCAGAGGAAGAGGGUGAUCAGAAAGUAUGCACUGACCAGGCCAGGCUGUCAGGCGUGAGCGAGGCCAGUUCCAACAGCCAGGUCUCCUCAGAAGAGUCUGGGUCGGCAGGAGCCAGGGAGGAGGCUGAGAGCUCCGAGGAGGAGGAGGAGGAAUCUUCUUCAGAUGAGGAGGAAGGACAGGAGGAGGAGGGCAAGGCAGACAUACCGCCAGCACUGAAGGGGGACAAAGCUUUCUACAUCGCCCGUGAGAUCAUGUCUUCAGAGGAAGUAUUUGUGGACGUUUUGAAGCUCCUUAAUGAGGACUUCAGAUCAGCUGUAGACACUGCAAGUGAAGCGCCAGGCCAGGCCAUCAUAGAGGAGACCAGCAUGACCCAGAUCCUGAUGUACCUGCCACAGCUGCAGCAGUUCAACGAGAGUCUCCUCAAGGACUUCAAGGAGAGGGUGGAAAAUUGGGAGCAGGACCCCCGUAUAGCAGAUGUAAUAGUUAAGAAGGGCCCGUACCUGAAGCUCUACACCACCUACAUCAGGGACUUUGAGAAGGCCACCUCUGCACUGGAUGAGGCUUGCAGACGUCUUCCCAAGUUUGCAGCAACUGUCAAGGAGUUCCAGAUGAGCCCCAGAUGUGCCAACCUGGCAGUUAAACACUACAUGCUGAAACCCAUACAGAGGAUCCCCCAGUACAAGAUGCUGCUGGAUGACUACCUCAAGCACCUGACAGAGGAGUCACCUGAUUACAAGGACACUAAAGUGGCCUUAUCCAUAGUCAGUGAGGUAGCUGACCAUGCUAAUGAAGGAAUGAAACAAGGGGACAAUUUUGAGAAGCUGCUACGGAUCCAACACAGCCUGAUUGGCCAGCAUGAAAUCGUCAAGCCAGGCAGGAAACUGCUGAAGGAAGGGAUGCUAAAGAAGCUGUCCAGGAAGGAGAUGCAGCCCAGGAUGUUCUUCCUGAUGAGCGAUGCUCUACUGUACUGUACACCCAUCCAAGGAGGCAUGUACAAGCUAAACAACUUGCUGCAGCUGGCAGGCAUGAAGGUGAUGAAGCCUGUUCAGGACUUCCUCAACGAGCUCAGCAUCAUCAGUGUGCAGAGGUCAUUCACUCUGUCAGCCAGCUCUUCAGAGGAGAGAGAUGAUUGGAUGCAGGCCCUGACCGAUGCGAUCAGAGACAACGCUGCCAAGAGGAGCACCUUUGACGAGUUUGUCAGGCAUGUGGAUGCUGUGCCAGGAGACAAGUCCAACUCCCUAGUGCUGGGGUACAAGGCCCCUGUGUGGAUUCCUGACUCCAGAGUCACCAUGUGCAUGGGCUGUACAUGCGACUUCACUGUCACCUGGAGGAGACAUCACUGCAGGGCUUGUGGAAAGGUUGUGUGUGGCACCUGUUCAGCUAACCGGGCCCCACUGCAGUACCUAGACUACAAGGCAGUCAGGGUCUGUGAGGAGUGCUAUGAAAGACUCUCCAAAGAGUUCCAGGCUAAUGAUAAUGGGAGCAGUGCAGGGGACAGUCCUGAUAAGGCAAACCCAGACAAGCAGAGGGGAGGGUUCAGGCUGAGUCGAGCAACAAUCCAAGCUCGCUUCAAGAGCUUCAAGAAGACGGCAAGAAAAGCAAAGAAGUCCAUCCCAUCUGUGUUAAAAGAGGUGACAGCUAAUAAUCUGAACUCAGACAUGAGCGGCUACCUACAAAGGAAAACAAAGCGUGAAGGCUGGAGGAAGCUGUGGUUCGUGCUGAAGGAUAAGGUUCUGUACACCUACAAGGCCAGCGAAGACGUAGCCGCACUCGAGAGUCUUCCUCUUCUGGGGUUCACUGUUACCACCUUCACAGAGGCCCAAGAAGACACGCCCCCAGACCUGAUCUUCAAGUUGGCCCAUCAGGGACGUCCUGACGUCUACUUCCGCAGUGACGACAAGGCAGCCAGCAAGAAGUGGGUGGCAGCCAUGAUGAACGCUACUGUGUUGUAACACGCACUUUAAAACAACAGCUUCAAAGUACAGAGUGAACGUCAGACUCUGUAAAACAAGUUUAGCCAAGCCUUGUAAUAGGUUUUUCGGAGAGGUAAGCUGAAGAUAUUUGCAGAGGUUGCAAAUUUAAAAAAAAAAACUAUCUUACAAUCAGGCUGAUAUUGAAAACUCUUAUCACACAGAAUCUUGCUGUUGCAUAACAAAACUGAUGAAUCUAUACAAUACAAUCUCCAAAAUCUCUAAACAAUAAUGCUAUUCAGGUCCCCAACUGCGUACACUUACAAAGAUUAACUUCAGAAUCUUAUUGUCAGUAAAUGGUGCGAAAGCCAUGAAACAACAUUCAUGUAAAUCAGCUUGAUUACUCUCAAUAUUGUUAUCAAGACAGAGGUACAAUUAUGAUGACAUGUACAAAGUUGGUUUUGUUGUCUUUCAAUUUUUUAUCUUUCUAUUCAUUCCAAAUUCAAUACACUUAAAGAAGUUUCUUGAUAGUUUUAAAAAUUGUAAAAGACUGUGACAUUUAAUGGAGAACUUGUACAAAAAAAAAUAUCAUGUAAAAUUAAAUUCUAGAUUCCUAAACUCAAUUGCAAGGACUCAGAGAAUAUCCAAUAUGUUAUACUGUGAAGUUUAUGAUAGAAAUUUAGCUUCAAGUUGAAGUUUACAGCAAGAUGAAACUUGUGUGAAGUGCCUUUGCAACUGUUAAAGUGUAAAAAUUGCAAGUUUGUUAUAAAUUGUGACAACAUUGAAGUAGCAAGUAAGUUUGGAACUGGAUUCAGGUGUAUAUCCAAUGGAUUCCAUAUUGUAUUGUAGUAGUAGUAUAAUGGGAAGAUACGGAAUUAAGAAUCUGUGCAUCAAGGUAUGAAAAGAUUUGCACGUUAAAAUUGCUUGGAGAUAUAGUUACUUUAAAGUUAUAAACCUUGAAGAAAGGAAAUUUAAGAAAAAUUGUUGCACAGAAAUUUGUGCACCCUCUGUUCUUGCCAAGAUGGUUGCCUAUCUAUAAUGUAAUGUUUUACAAUUUUAAUACAAAUCAAGAUAUUAAAGGCACAUGAAUAUUUUCCCAAUACUUAGUACAUGUAUGCAACAGGGGCUGGCUCCCAAAGCAGAAAUGAUUUCUCAACAGAAUUGCAACAUGCAAAGCAUGCAAAUACAAAAAGAAUUUACAAUUAUCACAACUUGAACACAAAUGUUGGAAUUGUUAUUGAUAGUAUUGUGCUGCUUUCAACUUUUAUGCAACAUUAAAAAAACAAAUCAUUAUUAUCUCAACAAUCAUUCUAUGCAUGUACAUGUAUCAUAUCGCAUGAACAGUAUGACAAGUAGAAAGUAAGAAACAAAGUACACAUGUAUCAGUAUGCUAUUCAAGUCACCAAAGAUACAGUUUACAUAUCUUCUCAGUUUUUAAUGUUACAGUUACUAUGAUGUGUGCAUGGUAUGUGACUGAAAUAAUCAUCUAUUGUAAAGAUAUCUCUAUGUUGAAAUAAUAAAAAGACAUAAUUUGUAAUACCACAUUUGUAUAGCCUCUGAUUUUGGUACACUUAAAACAUCAUUCUGAAGCACUUUGGACUAGAUCACAGUAACAUACACUAACAUACAGUUUUGUAACUACUACACUCUCAUGACAGUAUGUACAGUUUAUAAGAUUUAUCAAAACAUGAAAAAUGAUAAAAUUGUUUCCUCUGAACAUGAUAGCUUUAUAUGCAUGGCUAGCAAUCAGGUCUAGAUAAAGGCAUUGAAUAAAAAGCUGUAAACUUACAAUGAAAGAAAACUACAGUUUAGUCUGAGACUAUUGUCAUAAUAUAUAAGACAAACGUCAAACACUUAUAUAUAAUUCCUAUACAACAGGACAGAUGUACUAAAUACUGUUACUGUAACAGUAAGCAUAUAGCAGAGCAUGGACAGUCAAAGUUACCAUUUUGUCAGGACCACUAUGUUUGGGUGACCACUACUUUUGGGUGGUCCCAUGGAUUAUUUUUCUCCAUUAAUCAAGCAUUAACCCUUGUCCUGUAGAUUUUUUUUUGCCAAUUAAACCCUCUAAGCUGGUUAAUUAGUCAGAUCAGUAAAGCCUGUUCCGUGCUGGUGCUGCAGAUUUACGUCCCCAAUCGAUGCAGUUUGCUGCGGUAUGCCAGAUUUAAGUGAGAAAUGACCCAAACCCAUAAAGAAACUGGACCUACAUACAGGCAUCAUGUAAAAGUGUACUCUCCAAGCAGAGUUUAGUCUUCGGCUGGGUUUUUUUAAACGUUUUUUUUAGUCGUUUUUAUUGGGCUUUCUAUUUUGUCAUUUUUCUUGAAGUACGCCAGCCAAGUUAGUUUUUGACACAGCAAGAUGAAAUAAAAACCCGAUAAAAACGACUAAAAAAAAACAGCCGGAGCCUAACCUCUGCUUGGAGAGUAGUAUUAUGUGCAUCCCUCAACAGGACGAGAGUUUUAAAGAUCCUGACUACAGUUCAUUUCCUU